CUCAAGCGCACAGGGCAGAUGCAAACAGACUAAACACAUCUUGGCAAUUCAAAAGACCCUCAGCAUCUCCGCCAACGGUGUUCUAACCGAGCGGGGUGAAUCUCACACCGGGGGACCAAUCUUUUCAAAGGCAGGGAGAAGAUGCCAUUCCACCAUGUGCGGGCGGGCCUGCUCUAUCCAGACAACUACCUGAGCAGUUCCCUGACGGAGGGCAGCGAAGCCUUCCAGCUCACCAGCAUCUCAACAGAGGAGCUGGGAGAGAUCCGUGAGGCGUUUCGUGUUCUGGAUCGUGAUGGGAAUGGUUUCAUCUCCAAACAGGAGCUGGGCAUGGCCAUGCGCUCCCUGGGUUACAUGCCCAGCGAAGUGGAGCUGGCCAUCAUCAUGCAGAGACUCGACAUGGAUGGGGACGGCCAGGUGGACUUCGAGGAGUUCAUGACGAUACUUGGGCCCAAACUGCUGUCAUCUGACAACAGAGAAGGAUUCCUGGGCAACACCAUCGACAACAUCUUCUGGCAGUUUGACAUGCAGCAGCUGUCUUUGGAUGAACUGAAGCAGGUGCUGUUCCAUGCCUUCCGGGACCACUUGACAAUGAAGGACAUAGAGAACAUCAUCAUCACCGAGGAGGAGAGCCUCAAUGAAACCUCAGGGAACUGCCCUGAGUAUGAGGGAGUCCAUCCUAAGAAGAAGAAUCGGCAGACGUGUGUCAGGAAAAGCCUGAUCUGCGCCUUCGCUAUGGCUUUCAUCAUCAGUGUCAUGCUCAUCGCAGCCAAUCAGAUGCUGCGGAACGGCAUGGAGUAA